AUGGGGUUCCGUAAGAAGAGCAGCAAGAACCCCCCGAUGCUGAGCCAGGAGUUCAUCCUGCAGAAUCACGCGGACAUCGCCUCCUGCGUGGGGAUGUUCUUCCUGCUGGGGCUUAUGUUCGAGGGCACCGCGGGAGUGUCGAUCGUGUUCCUGACUCUUCAGCACGGUGUCACGGUCCCUGCGAGCGAGGAGCCAGCCUCGGGCUCCAGGUCCCUCUAUCACUACGGUGGCAAAGACUUGGCCACGGUGUUCUUCUACAUGCUGGUGGCAAUCAUUAUCCACGCCACCAUUCAGGAGUACGUGUUGGAUAAAAUCAACAAGAGGAUGCAGUUCACCAAAGCGAAACAAAACAAAUUUAACGAGUCGGGCCAGUUUAGUGUCUUCUACUUUGUGUCUUGUAUCUGGGGCACAGUCAUUCUCAUCUCUGAAAACUGCCUGGCAGACCCCACUCUCUUGUGGCGCUCUCACCCCCAUAACAUGAUGACAUUUCAGAUGAAGUUUUUCUACAUCUCGCAGUUGGCCUACUGGUUUCACGGGUUUCCCGAACUCUACUUCCAGAAAAUCAGAAAGCAGGAUAUCCCUCGGCAGCUGAUCUACAUCGGUCUUCACCUCUUUCACAUUUCUGGAGCUUACCUUUUGUACCUCAACCAUCUGGGGCUCCUACUUUUGGUGCUGCACUACUCUGUUGAGUUACUGUCCCACAUGUGCGGCCUGUUUUAUUUUAGCGACGAAAAGUACCAGAAGGGGGUCUCUCUGUGGGCCCUUGUGUUCAUCCUGGGGAGACUGACGACUUUAAUCGUGUCGGUGCUCACUGUUGGGUUUCACCUGGCGGGGUCGCAGACUCGGGAUCCAGACGCCCUGACUGGGAACGUGAACGUGUUGGCCGCUAAAAUCGCGGUGCUGUCGUCCAGUUGCACCAUCCAGGCGUACAUCACGUGGACCUUAAUUACCGUGUGGCUGCAGAGAUGGGUGGAAGAGUCCAACCACCAAACCUCGAACGCCAAGAAGAAAAGGUCCGUGACUAAAGGCAGGUCUGCCAAGAAAGGAGCAGAGAAUGGUGUGGAAUCCGCCAGCAGGGUAGACCCCCUUCCAAAGAGGAAAGAGAAAUCUUCAUGAUGAACUGAUUACCAACCAACUGAUUAAUGCCUCCAAAGGAAUCUGUUCUUCACAGU